CUUCGCCAGCUCUUUUCAAUGUCUGAUGCUAAGCCUCCCCUUGAUGCCGCUGAUAGUUUGCCUUCUUCUAUUGGGGUCGUUAGGGCGAUGUUUGAGGAGUUAAAUAUUCUAGAUGUUUCCGACGAAGUUUGCUGUAGGGUGCUGGAUGUUAUUUACAGAUAUACCUCGGAUGUCAUUGAAGAGGCUAAGGCUGUCGCUAAUCAUUCUGGAAGAUUGACAAUUGAAGAAUCGGACAUGGAGCUAGCCAUAGAAAUGAAAAAGAAUGAUCUGUUGCUAGCCCCAUUACAUCGGGAUUCCCUUUUGGACUUCUCAAAACAGUUAAAUUCCAUUACUUUACCGCCCGUGCGGCUCCAGCCUGGGAUUAAGCUUCCUCCGGAUCGCUUUAAUCUCGCUGCACCUAAUUAUGCUCUUCCAACAAGUGUUACUCAAACACCUUUGAUUCAGAAGAUAGGUGGACAAUCUAUAUUAUAA